AUGGAGCAGAAAAGAGAGAAGGAUUUUGGAGAGACAAUGUAUCACCCAUUGCAUCGCCACCCAGUGAGGCUGAAACGCCACGAAGGAAACACGUUUAAGUGCACUGGAUGCAAAGAACUAGGGUUGGGCCCUAGGUACCAUUGUGUCAAGAACUGUGAUGACUUCGUCCUUCACGAAGCGUGUUUCAAGGCUCGCCCUAGAGACAGAUCCAGAAUCCACCCACUCAUGGGUAACUGCAGAUUCCAGUUCCUCUGGGAACCUCCCGGCGGACCGAACAGCCGGUUGUGCGAUGCUUGUGGGAAGGACGUUCGAGGUUUCCUGUAUCAUGAUAAAUCCAAACACAAGCUUGACUUGCACCCUUGUUGCAUGAACCUUAAGAGCACCAUGUCUGAUCCCUAUGGUAGGAUGACACUGAUUCUUAAGGACAAAAUGCCCUCCAAGUGUGUGAAAUGCGAGAGGAAGGAUCUAAAAGUACAGAGCAAGGAGCCGUUCGGAGGGUGGUCCUACGUGUCCUCUUGUGGAAAAUGUUGCUACCAUGUGUAUUGCGUGAAGAAAUUGAUUCUGGAUAACUGGAAAAGGGGCUAUUUCAAUAAUGUGGCUUCUUCUUCCUCUUCAAGAGGAAGAACCUUGUCCAGAGAUGAGAUUGCAAGACCAAUAAGAAGAUGUAGGAGUGUAAGGCAAAGUGAUCGAAGCUCGAUUCCAUCUUUGGCCUUGGCAAGAAGGGCCUCGUCGAGGCCGCCAGCAGCACGGUUCAGUCAUGGGUUGAUCAAAUUAGCGAAAAUAGGUUUCAGCGUUAUAACGUCUGUUGUGUUCGGAAAUCCAGCUCCACUGUUGAUCUCGUUCAGAACCUACUGGAUUAAAAGGCUGGAUCCGUAA